CGUGGGAAGGAAGCCCAGUCGAGUGAGGUCGGCGGCGCAGCAACGCCGUUUACUGCGCCCGCGCACCGGUUUAUUUCUCGUAUUCAGAACAUUUAGAUUGACGUUAAAAUGAGUUUAGCCAUGGCUGCCGUACAAGGGGACGCGCUUACCGCGAAAAUAAUUACAAUGUGCUGUUUAUUCGGCAUUUCUAUGAUAGUGGGAUGCCUUCCUUUGUUAAUAUCUUUGAAAUUCGACUGGUUCACCAAAUCGGCUGACCCUAAUCUUCGGUCUUCUAAUCAGCUGGUCAUGGGCAUGUUGUCUUUCGGUGGCGGAGUUCUGUUUUCCACGACAUUCAUGCAUCUAUUACCAGAAGUAGAUGAUAACAUACAACUAUUACAAGACGCUGGGGACCUACCAGAGAUACCGGUUUACCUCGCAGGUCUCAUAAUGUGUGGCGGCUUUUUCAUGAUGUACUUAAUAGAAGAACUGGUCCACGUGUACAUAAACGGGAGGCAAAAAAAGGUUGCUGAGACCGACGUACCAAGGCCUUUUAGUCUUAGGAGGGAUUUUGAGGAGAACUCAACUGAGGAGCCUAUCAGAGAUGUGAAGAGUCCUGGACAUGGUCACAGUCAUAUGCUGGAGGAUGCUGAGGAUUCUGUGAUGUCAGCGUUAAGAGGCUUGCUGAUUGUGCUGGCUCUAUCGAUACACGAGCUGUUUGAAGGACUCGCUGUCGGGUUGGAAGCAUCCGUUGGCAAUGUCUGGUACAUGUUCGGAGCGGUGUCAGCUCACAAGUACAUCAUCGCGUUCUGCAUAGGAGUGGAAUUGCUGGCUGCCGGCACCAGGCGUUGGCUCUCCUUGGUCUACAUCUUUACAUUCUCCUUUAUGUCCGCUCUGGGUAUUGGGGUCGGCAUUCUGAUGGUAGGCGGCGCAGGCGCAGCUGAUGCGGGGCUGUACUCUGUCGUGUUACAGGGUCUGGCUUGCGGUACCCUGAUAUACGUGGUCUUCUUCGAAGUUUGGCGGCGGAACAGCUCCGGGCUGAUCCAGUUCACAUGCGCCCUACUGGGUUUCUCCAUCAUGGUGGCUCUGGGGUUGGCUGUGGAACUUAGUAUAUGAAAAAUAAACUAGGACGUUAGUGUAUUUUAUGAGGUACCGGUGCCGAUAAGCACGAGUACUGUGUUCAAACACCGGCUGUUAUAUUUGAGAAUAAUAAUUCUUCUAUUUCCUCCUGGCUAAAUACCUAUUACUGACAUAUACACCUCUCUGAAGAAGAGAGGGGAACAAGCGCUUAAUGCCACCCACAACAUAAUGUACCUAUCUAUUUUUCAGGUAGGAAUUACGGUAUUAUUGAUUUUGAUUCGUGAAGUGACUUAACUUUACCUAAACAUCUAAAUCUUAAUAAAGUUAUUUUUGGUUUUGUUUUAGAAAUUGGUUGUAAAUGUAUUAUACAAAUGUACUAUUUUUGUAUGUAUAAUAAGGUUGAAAAGAUGGAGACUCCGAAGGAGUUCGAUGAAAACUAGACUUAAUUUUGGAAUGUUGUGAAUUUUUGUAAAUACAUUAAAAUAAGUUUUAAUAAAC